GCUUUAAAAGCGUUUGUGUCUCAAGAAAUAUAUAGAGGACAAGGUCGUUGGAGCCUGGAGGUCCGUAAAACAAUUUUCUCUUGUUAGUUCUUGGUCUUUCUUUACCAGAUCAUUUUUCCUCAACCCCUGCAAUAUAGGGUCUCCCAAUCCUGCAAAUUUCUCUUUUCCUUCCUGGAUAUCCCUCCCAGCUCCCCCGAUCUCUUUCUUCCCUCGAUAUUUUAACCUAAGGUUUUGUGAGUGAUCAUGACGAUUCCGGAUUCGGGUUUCAUGAUGGAAAACGGGGCGAGUUGCUUGCCGCAUCCGCCCGAGGAAGAGAAUCGGAUCGUAAAGGAUUUGAUGAAUAUCUCCGAAAAUAAUUUGAAAGAAGGCAACAUCUACUACGUCAUUUCCAACAGGUGGUUUACAAGCUGGCAGAGGUAUGUUGGUCAGGGCAAUGUUGAAUCAACUGAGAAGCAGUUAUCGGGUUCUCGGCACUCGAAAGUGGUUCCUUCAAAAAUGGCAGAUAGACCUGGACCAAUUGAUAAUUCUGAUAUUGUUCUAGACAUAAACGAUCACGGGAGCAAUGAUUUAGAGGUUCGAAAAUCUUUGCAUGAAGGGGUGGACUAUGUUUUAGUUCCUCAAGAAGUUUGGGAAAAGCUUUUUGAUUGGUACAAAGGAGGACCGGCAUUACCGAGGAAGUUGAUUUUACAGGAAGGUGUCAAACACCAGCAAUUUAAUGUGGAGGUUUAUCGACUUUGUCUUAAUUUGAUUGAUUCAAGAGACAACAGCCAAUCAGUUGUAAGGUUAAGCAAAAAGGCUUCUAUACGUGAACUUUAUGAUAGGGUGUGUGCACUUAAAGGAAUAGCACAAGGAAAGGCUUGUAUUUGGGACUACUUCAAUGAGCAGAAGCAUGCACCUUUAAAUAUUUUAAACCAAACCCUGGAGGAAUCACACUUGCAGAUGGAUCAACAUAUCCUUCUGGAGGUACAAGUUGAUGAACAUUAUUCUUCUCAAUUUGGCAUGGAUUCAACAGGAAAUGAGUUAGCUCUGGUACCCCUAGAACCUUCAAGAUCAUCUUUGACAAUUGCAGGGGGCCCAACCACAUCAAAUGGGCAUUCAACCGGUUAUGGUUUUAAUUUGAAUCAAGGAAGUGCAUUGAGCACCGGAUUUAGUGAUAUAGAUGGUAGAUAUGAUAGUUAUAACUCUGGGAGAAAAGGAGAACAUGGAGGAUUAGCAGGACUGCAGAAUCUGGGGAAUACUUGUUUCAUGAAUAGUGCCAUUCAGUGUUUAGUUCACACGCCCCCUCUUGUUGAAUAUUUCUUGCAAGAUUAUUCUGAGGAGAUCAACAAAGAAAAUCCACUAGGAAUGAAUGGUGAGCUUGCAAUUGCAUUUGGUGAGCUAUUGAGAAAAUUGUGGUCUUCAGGGCGAACAACAAUUGCUCCACGUGCAUUUAAGGGGAAACUUGCUCGAUUUGCACCACAAUUUAGUGGUUAUAAUCAGCAUGAUUCUCAGGAACUUCUUGCCUUCUUACUAGAUGGGCUGCAUGAAGAUUUGAAUCGUGUCAAACAAAAACCUUACAUUGAAACGAAGGAUUCAGACGGUCGACCAGAUGAGGAAGUUGCAGAUGAGUGCUGGAAGUAUCAUAAGGCCCGGAAUGAUUCAGUAAUUGUUGAUGUUUGCCAAGGUCAAUACAAGUCCACACUGGUUUGCCCGGUAUGUGGCAAAAUCUCAAUUACUUUUGACCCAUUCAUGUACUUAUCAUUGCCACUUCCUUCAACUGUGACGCGGAUAAUGACGGUUACUAUGUUUUAUGGUGAUGGAAGUGGUCUUCCUAUGCCUUACACUGUGACUCUGUUUAAACAUGGUUGCUGUAAAGAUCUUACCCAGGCAUUGGCUACUGCAUGCUGCUUGAAGGGUGAUGAAAGCCUUCUGCUUGCAGAGGUUUAUGAACAUCGGAUCCAUCGAUAUUUUGAGAACCCUUUGGAACUGUUGGCUUCAAUAAAGGAUGAUGAACAUAUUGUUGCCUACCGAAUAUCCAAAAGGGGAACAGGAAGAACAAAGCUAGAAAUUAUUCAUCGACUGCAGGAAAAAUGUACAUCCGACAAUCUAAAGGGUGGUGGUAGGAAGCUUUUCGGAACCCCUCUGGUGACUUACUUAGGAGAAGAUGCUCUAAAUGGAGCUGGUAUUAGCAUUGCUGUUUCUAGAAUGCUGUCACCUUUGAGGAGGAGAUAUUCUUCUUUGACUAAGGCUCAUAGCAGUGUAGAAAAUGGCUGUGUUUCAGAAGCUAUGGACGAACCAUUGGACAGCUACAAUGCUCAGUCUGUACCGGGAGACCAAUCAAUAAACAACACAGAAGUAGAGGAAACAUCUAGCAGGGACUUAUCCUUCCAGCUCUUUUUAACUAAUGGAAGUGGUUUGAGCUGCAAGCCAAUUGAGAAGGAUUCUUUCAUAAAAUCAAGUCAACUUGUUAAGGUGUUUCUCGACUGGAGUGACAAAGAACGUGAAUUAUAUGAUUCCAGUUACCUCAAGGAUCUCCCUGAGGUUCACAAGACUGGGUUCACUGUGAAGAAAACCCGGCAGGAAGCUGUCUCUUUGUUUUCAUGCUUGGAGGCAUUCCUGACUGAAGAACCUCUAGGGCCGGAUGACAUGUGGUAUUGCCCAAGGUGCAAGGAACAUAGGCAAGCAACAAAAAAACUUGAUUUGUGGAUGUUGCCAGACAUCCUUGUUGUUCACUUGAAACGGUUCUCCUACAGCAGAUACCUGAAGAACAAACUAGAUGCUUUUGUGAAUUUCCCUAUUCGCAACCUCGAUUUGAGCAAAUAUGUGAAGGGCAAAGAUGGUCAAUCUCACGUUUAUGAGCUAUAUGCUAUCAGCAACCAUUAUGGUGGUCUUGGUGGUGGGCACUACACUGCAUAUGGCAAGUUGAUCAACGAGAAUAGAUGGUACCAUUUUGAUGACAGUCAUGUUUCUCCAGUGAGUGAAACUGACAUCAGGACUUCGGCCGCAUACCUGUUAUUCUAUCAGAGAGUUAAAAGCGAUCCAAGGUCAGGAGCAGGAGAGUAAUCCCAGUCUAACAUGGAGUUUUGAAGGCAAUGAUUGGGGUCAUUUUGCUGUUUCAUUGCCUUUGAGCUUCCCUUUUACUAUGUGUAGCCAACUUUGUUCAGGCAUCAAGUCCAUAGAAUGAAGGAGUCUGCUUACUGGAAAAACAUGGAACUCUCAGCCUUGAGAUACAUGUCACUGAGAUUGGCGUGGACGAGAUUAAAAGUGGGAGCGGUUGCGGAACAUCGGCUGGUGGGAGCAGGGAUGGUGACUCUUAUCAAUACCGUCUAUAUAGUGAAAAUUUUGGCUGGCUAUUAGGUUGCUGAUAGUUUCCUGCCUGUAUGUUCUAUGCCAGGCUAUGUAGGGCGGCCGUAGUCAAUUCUCCUCAUCACCUUUACAAAUUGUCCUUCCUCUAAUCUUUUCAACACUUCAUUCUAUUGAACAAUGAAAACCAUUAUUUUUCAUUGUCUAGAAGAUAUGUUGUAUGAGCAUAAUGUAAGCCGGUGAAAAGUUUUUGUACUGGCAUGUGCACUUGUAAUGAUAAGUUUGAAGACAAAAAUGCAAAGAAGAAACAAACCAUAAUAGCAUAUUCUAUAGAUUCACGAGGGUUUGUUAUGA